UCCUUGGCUAGACCCCCCACCCAGUCUAUGAACUCCAGUAUAUGUGGAUGGGGUGGAGCUGAAGAAGAGGUGCUGACCUGGGCUGGGGACACCCAAGCCCAGUGCUGGCCUGGCUGGGCCAUAUGAGGAGUGUCAGGCUGUGGCCAUGGUGCCAUGCUGGGAGCUGCGCCUCUACCUACUGGCCUCACUCGGCUUCCACCUCUACUCCUUCCGGGAGGUCUACAGGCUCUCCCGAGAACGAGCCCAGGAGCUGGACCAGGAGUUUGAGCUGGAACCAGGCAUCCUGUUUGCAGGGUUGAAGAGGGACCCCACUGACUUCGAAUGGAGCUUCUGGAUGGAGUGGGGCCGGCGGCGGCUCAUCUGGUUGCUUUUGGGUCAUGCAGCUGUGUCCCAGCUGGCCAGCAGGUUCACCCCAAAGCUCCGGCCCUGGGUCCUCACGGCCUACGGGGCUUAUGCCUGCUGGUAUGUGCUGGGUGCCGUGGGACUGACCCUGGUGGCCUUGCAUGCCUGCAUGGCCUUCUGUGUGGGCCAGCUGCGCUCCCCUCUCCUCUCCUGGCUUAGUGCUCUACUGCUGCUCUCCUCGCUGAGGCUGGACUGUAUGGAUCAGGUUAAGAGGGGCUGGUACAGUUCCGAGAACGAGCUGGACCUGCUUCAGUUCACGCUGGCCGUGCGCUGUCUGCACUGCACGGGCUGCAGCCUGGAGCUCUGCCGGCAGCCGCCCACCGGGCCCCGUACCCACUGCCUUCCUUGGGUCCUGGCCUUCACCUUCUACUACCCGGCCUUCCACAAUGGUCCCCUGCUCAGCUUCCCACGCUUCCUCCGCCAGAUGCAGCAGCAGGAACCAGGGCCCCCAAGGGUUGGUAUGCUGGCCAUGGUGGUGGGGCUAGGCCGCCUGCUAUGCUGGUGGGGGCUGGCAGAGCUCAUGCUGCACCUCCUGUACACACACGCCAUCUGCAGCAGUGCAUCCCUGCUGGCUGCCAUCCCGGCCUGGACUUUAGGAGGACUGGCCCUGGCUCAGGUGCUCUUCUUCUACGUGAAAUACCUGGUACUCUUUGGAGUCCCUGCCCUGCUCAUGCGCAUGGAUGGGCUCACGGCACCGCCCCUGCCACGCUGUGUCAGCACCACCUUCAGUUUCACCGGCAUGUGGCGGACUUUUGACGUCGGGCUGCACGAGUUCCUCAUCAGGUAUGUCUACAUUCCAGCAGGGGGCUCCCGGCAUGGCCUGCUGGGGACACUGCUGUCCACAGCACUGACCUUCGCCUUCGUGAGCUUCUGGCAUGGCGGCCACGCAGACCUGUGGUGUUGGGCGGCACUCAACUGGCUUGGCGUCACAGCUGAGGGCUCCAUGCGGAAGCUGGCAGAGACUCCACGUGUGCGGCACUGCCUAGUCCGGCUACUCUCGCCAGCAGCUCAGCGCCGCUUGCACGCAGCCCUGGCCUCCUGCGCCACUGCCUUGCUCAUCCUGUCUAACUUGGUGUUCCUCGGGGGUGGCCAGGUGGGCUGGAUCUACUGGGAACGCAUCUUUGUCCAAGGCUGGCCCUGGGUGACUCUGUCUGUGCUGGGCUUUCUGUAUUGCUAUGCCCAUGUGGGCAUUGCCUGGGCCCACAUGUGCUCGCUGAACUGA